UCCAAAAAAAAUUUUCUUCAGAAUUUCAGGAUUCUCAAAAAACAAAAAAAACAAACACAUCUAGAAUUCUCUAAAGAAUGUUUUUUUUAAUUCCCUUUUUGGAGAAAUCUGAAAUUCAUGAAUGGGAGGGGGGUUUGUAUUUAGGAGUCUAUUUACUAUAAUAAAUAGUGAAUGUUCUAUCAUGUACACUAUAAAUACUGGACUAUGAACUCCAAAUACUAAAUUAUCCCUCGUGCAGGUUUAUUUUGACUCAGGAUAAUUUAGUAAUUUAGUCGGACAUAUAAUUCAUUAUUGUAUGAUAGAGUAUACACUAUUUAUAUAAUAGUUCACGACUUACUUAUGCAGAUGGUCCUUACAAGGGUGCUAUAGGUUAUACUGGCUUUAAACGGGACAGAAACAGAACUGUAUACAUAAUUGAGUCCUGAAAUCGUACCGGUGGUACUCGAACUGUCCAGGCUCCUAACCUAGAAUGCAGCAUCCUGAUAAUGUAGUCUUAUAAUAUAUGCACACUUAAAUGAUUACAAAUUUUUCCUCUAUUCUUUAUGACAUUCAUACCACAAAUAUGUUACCAAACUUGUAACAAAUUAGUACAAUGCCCUUCCAUACAUUCCUGUUUUCCAUUAUAAAUCCAAUUAUACAGGUAUAAUUUAUACUGAAAUGUACAAUGUAUUGUAAAGGUAUCAAGACUAGCUUUAUGCCAUAUUACUGGACUACCCACCUAGUGCUAGCCAACCUGAGAGGAUGGUGCACCAUUAAAAGUUUCAAUCACUGAUGACAUGGAAUAUCUCAUAUUGGCAACGCAGUCACUUUUUGUGAUGUCAUACAAGGAGAACUCUCCCACAUGUACAAAAAUAUGUGAAUUUCAUUUUUUUCCUCAGUCAAUUCAUAGAACAGAAUUUUUGUCCAAGUCCUCCUAUAAAAGAGGUGAUUUUAGUGCAAUAUCUGCAAAAGAAAUUGGAAAGUUUUUCAUGUAUGAUCUCCAUAUUAAACAUUAGUAAUCAUAACUUUUUUUUAAAUUCACGUCUUUACUCAUUAAUUGACUGUUUUUGCUUCAACUUAAUUUCACUGACAUUUAUGUUACUUUAAUUUUUCUGCAUUCUUACAAUUCAAUUGUCUCUGAGGAGUUUAUUCUCCUUUAUAACGAGGGCAGAAUCUAAACUCUACCGCAGUGCAAACUGUUGAAAGUUAUACAUCCCAUACUUGUAUCGCAAUUGUAUUAAUGAAAAUUCAUCUAAUUAAUGAGAGUGCAAAAUAUAGGUUGUUUCUCUAAACAUAGAGGUAUAUAGUCUGUACUGUUUGUACAUUUCGGAGGAAAUCGACUUACUAAAAGUUUCUGAAUGUCCUGUGCAUGCACAUUUGUUGUAUGUUACAUGACACGAUCAUCAGGCAGACUACAACUUCACUCUUGAUUUCUCAAGGGGAAUUGUAAUUUGUAUAUUAUGCAAAACAUAUCUACCCUAGCUACAUGUACAUGUACAACAAAGAAAUAUGAGUAAAAAUUGGCAUUCAAGGAAAAAGGGAUCUUUUUUUGCAUGUUCCCCCGCCAAAAGAAGUUUGAAGGGGGUAUACAUGUACAUAGGAAUUGGCGUACGGUCGGGUUGUCGGGCGGUCAGUCGGUCAGUCUGUUGCAAAUCUUGUGGAUCGAACUACUUCCUCAUUUUUUGAGCAAUGAUCAUGAAACUUGGCACACAUAUUGGUCUUAGGAUGGAGAUGUGCAAGACAUACUUUUUUACUGUGUUGGAUACUGCGUUGCCAUGGGAACGGCAUAUUAUUGUAAUAUAUCGGGGGAAAAUCUCGUGGAUCGAACUAUAUACAUGUAUACUUCCUCAUUUUUUUGAGCAAUGCUCAUGAAACUCGGCACACAUAUUGGUCUCCAGUUGAUUAUGUACAAGACAUUUUUUUUAAUGUGUCGGAAAGUGCGUUGCAUUGGUAAUGGUCUGUUAUUGCAAUAAAUCUGUAAAAUCUUGCAGAUCAAACCACUUCUUCAUUUUUCGAGCAAUGCUCAUUAAAUUUCGCACAAAUAUUGGUCUUGAGUUGAUUAUGUGCAAGACACAUUUUUUAAUGUGUCGGAAAGUGUGUUGCCAUGGUAAUGGUCUAUUAUUGCAAUAAAUCUGUAAAAUCUUGUAUAUAUCAAACCACUUCUUCAUUUUUCGUGCACACACAUGGGGAGUGAGUAUUAAUCACUUUCGGUGAUAUUUCUAGUUCUAGGCAAACAUGUAGAACAUUCAACUGUAUCCCUUAUAAUCUUUGUGUGAGGUUGUCAAAGCAAAAUGAAUAUAAUUUCAUUAAGCAGCUUAUAUUAAUGCCUGUAUUUGUCCGAUUUACUUUCUUCCCAGGUCUGUUUUAGUAAUGGUCUUUCUACACAGGCAAAGUUUUGCCAAAUGAGUGUCACAAACAUGGCAAAGACUUUGAAAAAAACGGAGAACAGCCUGACCGAUGUUUUGUCAGUGAUGGCGAUCGUUAAUGACGACAUGAUCUAUUCAUUUCCGUCAUCAGAGGAAGAACUCCUUCCUUCUCAAUCUUACACACAAUCGAGGCAAAAACGUAGCAGUUCUGGAUCUAGCAGCGACGGAACUCCACCAGAACGUAAGAGACGAAACAAGACUUCUGAACAUUCGGCGGAGAAUUCAGAUGCAGCAAUUGAACAAAAAUGUCAAGGCAUUUCUGAAAUCUCCCUCAAAAAACUUGUGGAGCCCGAGAAGGAUCUCCAGAGACCACGUACCAGGAAGGAAGUGAUGGAGGCCAAACAGUUCGUGAUGAAGGCAGCAACCCACUUCCAGAGCUCCCAUGUCCUUCCAGUCCUCGCAGUAGAUGGCCCUUCUGGAACAGCUUACCAGCUCCUAGGAGGGGUGUGCUAUGCUCUUGCAGCUAAGGAUCUUGUUGACGAUGAAAGAUAUGAACAUCUAUCUCGUGGAUGGCGCUGCAGGGUGUACCAAAACCUGGACAAGGUUGAGGCAUUGAGAGUGGCAUCACUGCAUAGGUGUGGGCAACCUGCUGUAGACAAGCCGUGCUUGCAGGAGGAGGUUGCUGUCUGCAGGUCAAUUCUAUACGAUGACAACAACCUUGAUGUGGAGGAUGAGCCCUGCACUAUGACUGCCUCGACAAGACGCAAGUGUUCCCUAGCCCUUGGGAAAAAUGGCUCCUUCAAUGCACUGAGGGCUCUCGAGCCAACUUUCCAGUUGGCUAGUUAUUCAAACAGAUGCUACAGGAAAGCCACUCUCCUUUUCGAUGCAACUAGAGAAUCUACUGGAAAGGAUUUGAAACAAUGUUGUUUCAUGAAGCUACAAGGACUCUCAGAAGAGGAGCGAUAUUCACUUCUUCUGGAGGCGACCUUGUCUUUGAAUGUUAAAAAGAUGAAGGCGGAUGCCGAUGAACUGAAGGCAAUGAAGAGUCUGAAGAGCGUGUUUGCGAAGGGAGUUGGGGCUAAGACGUGGGAAGAGGCGAUAGAAAGAUACCCAACCUUCACUUCAGAAGCAGCCCUGGAACCCUAUGUUGGUAAAAAGUAUACAAAAGGUAACAUCCCAGAGGUCUUCCUGGAGCACAUCAGCAGGGCCAAGAGAGACAUGGACAUGAAUGCAGACGACAUCCCAGCCCUUAUGAUACAAGAACUAGAAGAGGAUAUCCAGUUAUCCUCAACACCAUCGGCUACUACCAGAAUCUUCCUGACAAAGGACAUCACAGCGAUAUCCAAAGUGGUCAGCCAACAUACCCGACACGAUGUGCAUAUAUUGCAUAUUGUCCAGUCCCCAGUAGGAGAUAUUCAAGAUGUCAACCAUAAUGUCUGUAUGCAGUAUGGUAUUGUCGAGUCUAGGAGGAGGGGUGCUGGCACUAGCCAACUCUACAUGCCAUCAAGAUCAGACUUCUACAAAUAUGCAGUGGAGCAUUUCACUUCUAUUGAUGAAGUGGUUCUUGACGUUGGAGACGGACUGCUGGCAAGGGUUGCAGCAGAAUGUGGACGAAAUGGGAGGAUGGUAGAGGAGACAACACUGUCCAGCACAGAAAUAGAGGCCAUGAUGGGUGCUGCAGACUCGGAGGAGAUUCUAGAUGCAGAUCUAGUAUUAAGCAUGGACCAGACGUGUUCUAUACCUUAGUGCAUUUUGUUUCUCUCAUUUCCUCACCUCGAUCACUACCUCAUUUAGUUCUGAAAAAUAUUGUUAAGAUAUGUGACAAACUAACGUUUUUAUGUAAAUAUUUUUAUACAGAUAUGGCUGGUAGGGUGUUUAUAUAUCAUUCUUUUGGCCGCUGGAGUUGUAUUUUCAUGAGGGAAAAUAAAACUCCUUUAGGUAGGCUAAAGAAUAUGUAUUACAUACAUAACAGGAAAUAUCUAUUAUAAUAUUAGAUAACCUUGAUUAAGACCAAGUCAUGGUUUUUACAUGAAAGUCUGAACACGAACAGUUUAAUAGAGUCUGAUCUACAGUAGAUAUCCAUUGUCUUCGCCUUUCUUCUCUGUGCUUAGCUGUUAUGACGAAUAUUGUUGAUACAUGAAUACAUUGUCUUAGCUCAAGCGCGUAUGCUCCUACUGUUAUCGUUGACCAGCUGGUCAAUAUAACCAUCCAGAUGACCGGGCGUGAACUGUUAACAAUAAAUUGCAGUCCCCAUAUCACUUGACAUGCUGUGGACCAAUCACACCUUAGCAACUCUCUGAGCUAUCUAAUACAAGUAUUUAAGUCUAUGUGUAGAUGUGUUUUUAGUUUAGUAGAUAGGUGGCUGGACUACCGAUCAUUAGGUACAUGUAUGUGGUUCAAAUCUCGGCCACUUCACUAAGGUCUAGCUUUGGCAAGACCUUAACAUACAUUUACUACACUCAAACUAUGUUGUACCAAAAUAUGUAGCCUAGUUAAGGUCAGGUAACAUACAUGCAGGAGCACCUUGCUAUAUAGAUGAGCGCUAUACUAGAGUGCAAUAUUAUUAUUAUUAUCUUUUAUUAGAGCAUAUUUUUGUCUUGCCAAGUGAACUUGAUUACUUUGAAGGUAAUUUCAAAGGCACAGGGUUGGUGAACGUGACUCGUCACCUUAUUUAUUUUUCUAAAGCAUCAACACAAAAACCCACAUAUUAUUAUUUUAUCAAGGAUAAAAACUCGGGUCACAACUAUUGGGCCCUUGAUUUUGUUACCAUCUUGUCAAAAUGAAACACUCGAUCUAACUCAUUUCCAAGCAUCAGAAGACGGUUGUUGAUAUCAAUGAUGUAGUUGGAAGAUCAUAUACUUCAAAGUUAUAAUCAAGGAAUUAUCAGAGCUGGAGUCCAAACUGAGGAUAAUUUAUGCAAACAUCUGGCAGAUUCCAAAGGAUAGUCAAUAGAAUUAUUAAACUGCCUUGGUUCUUUGAUAUUUGAUGCGCGAUGCCACCAAAGUAAAAGAAAACAUUUUAGAGAGGAUGUGAACUUUGUGGGUUUUUGUUUGCACAGUUGAUUUAUUAUAUCAAUAAACAUAGAAAACAAAUAGGCAAUUGUUUAGUAAUUAUGUACGAUGCCACUCUGAAAAUCCCAUUCCUCAACAAGCAAGAUUUCUUGAGAUAUUGCCUUAAGAGUGUAAUAAAUAUGUACUGCUUCAAGUACAAUAUUGAUCCCUUGCUGAUUGCUUUUCUGAUUUUCAUAUUUUAUAUGGUACUAUCAAGAAAAUAUUUCUAUUAAAUUAAAUCAACCAGAGUAAAGUCCACAUGUGUCCACUCAUGGAAUUAGCAACUUUAAAUCUUGUAUUUUUGGACGUGUAUCUGUUUGCUUACACCUGGUUAUACCAUUCAUGAGCACUUUCUGUGUAACCAAUUAUCAUUAUAUUGAAUACCUUUAAUUGCAUAUGUGCAUCCUCUGUAGCAAUACUGGCCGCGGGUGUUUCAUCGUUAGUUCUUUUGAAUCAAUGUGCAUGUAUUCGGAGAGCGCAUAUAUAUUUGUCGUGGUUGUUGUGGCAUUGAGCCUACUUCAGAGGAAAUUGUUAAGCUUUUACUCCAGCUGUAAUUACUCCUUGUUAUUAUAUUAAAGUUUCACAUCACUUUAAGAGGGUCAAUUUGUAGGAUCACUGUGUAAGUUUAUACGUAUGUUUAUAUGUAUAAGUUUAUACAUGGCACGCACCCUCCAAAUCCAUGUAUAAACUUAUACGUUUUGGAUGGUCUGUACGAUGUAUAAAUUUAUACGUUUUGGAUGGUCUGUACGAUGUAUAAAUUUAUACGUUUUGGAUGGUCUGUACGAUGUAUAAACUUAUAUGUUUUGGAUGGUCAGUACAAUGUAUAAAUUUAUACGUUUUGGAUGGUCUGUACGAUGUAUAAAUUUAUAUGUUUUUGGAUGGUCUGUACGAUGUAUAAACUUAUACGUUUUUAAAGGGUCCAUGUCAUGUAUAAAGUUAUACGUCAGAACAAACAGCAUGAUAUACAUUUGUAUAUUUUGCAAGUUGUGUUAUUUAUAAAAGUGAUUGACAACCUAUUUUGUGUAAAUAAUUAUUUAUUUGUUAUCAGUUCAUUUAUUUGUAUUGCCAAAUAAAGAAACAUGGAUUACAUUUCAA